AUGUUGCUCACCUCCAUCCUCUCCACCCUCGUGGUCGCCCUCAGCACCACUCACGUCGCCGCCGACACAGGCGCCCACUUCAAAAUCCUGAUCGAACGCUACGAAGGCCAAGGCUGCACCGAAGACAACGGCGAAAAAUACCGCACCGAAGAAGUCCGUUCAGGCCAGUGCUUCCACGGGCACCACCGCCAGCCGUUCGACAGCUACAAAUUCCACUGGGACAAGCACCGCUGGGAGGAUCGUCCGGAUAACAAGGAUUGCGACUUGCACAUCUUCUCCGAUCAUCGGUGUAAGGGGGAUGUUGUGGAGACGAUUCCUGGUGUGGAAAUGGGCGACGACGACAAUAAGUGCCGUGAUAUCUCGCCUUCGGGCAUGUCGGCCAUCAUCGACUGCGAGUUUCGUAAUUAG